UACAUCAAUAGUUCUGCUAGAUGUUUUAAAAAAUCAUAUUCAACAAGAUAUUCCUGUUACCAUGAUUUGUUAAGUAUCAAGGAUUAUGCUUUUGGAAAACACCCACUAUUACCAACCAAUGUGGACAUUGGUUGGAGCUGGUAUAAAGACAACAGAGCAAUCGAGUAAGUCUCAAAGUCUGUGUGUUCCUGGCCAAGCUAAAUGGUACAGGACCAGAGUCGAAGGUUUUGAACCAGAGAAAAAUAGUGUAUCACUGUUUGGACCUUUUGGUGGUGAAAAGAUUACCUACGAUUAUUUAGUUGUAGCACUUGGCUUAGAUGUGAGAUUUGAUAAAGUAAAAGGUCUUAAGGAGACACUUGGUAAAAACGGAGUCUGCUCAAACUAUGGACCAGGGAAUGCUGACUACACUUGGAAGGUACUGUCAGCUAUAAAGGGAGGGGAUUUGUUAUUUACAUUCCCUAAUGCCCCUAUCAAGUGUGCUGGUGCUCCACAGAAGAUAAUGUAUCUUGCUGAUGCUCAUCUCAGAAAAGCAGGGGUACGAGAUAACUGUAGUCUAACCUACCACACAGCCUUACCUGCCAUAUUCGGAGUACCCAAGUAUGCUGCUGCUCUCUCUAAACUAGCUGCUGAGAAGACUGGGGUGGAGACUACGAGUCAUCUUGUAGAGGUUGACGGUGAGGGGAGGGAGGCGGUGUUUGAAGAUAUGGGAACUGGGAAACAGUCCACACAGAAGUUUGACAUGCUACAUGUGGGGCCGCCCUGUGCUCCGAGUCCAGUGUACGCUACCUCACCACUAGCUGACUCAGCAGGAUGGGUAGAUGUUAACAAGCACACACUACAACACAACACUUACAAGAACGUGUUUGGGAUAGGGGACUGUAACAGUUGUCCCACUGGUAAAACAGCUGCUAAAGUAGCUGCUGAGAGUGGGGUCCUGUACGGUAAUGUGAGGAGACUGAUGAAAGGGAAGGAGCUGAAGAAGAGGUAUGAUGGGUAUACUUCCUGUCCUCUUACUGUGGGUAAUGAUAAGCUGAUUCUGGCUGAGUUUGGGUAUGAUGGAGCUAUAUUGGAGACCUUGCCUUUCAACCAGGCCAAGCCGAGGUGGUUAACUUACUUCUUAAAGAAGGAGGUGAUGCCUCCACUGUAUUGGCAUGGACUCAUCAGAGGAACAUGGCGAGGCCCUGGGCUAGUCAGAAAGAUAGCACAUCUUGGAACUGCUUAAACAGUUUUAAAAAGAAAUUGGAAAAUGGAUUUAUUUACAAUAUUGGUUAUAACAAACUCCGUAAUAAUCCGUACUUUU